CGCCGUUUUCGACUUUUGGUGAAUUGGUUUUCGCUCGUCCUUUUCGUGCCAAAACAUUUUCGGUUUCAAUUUUCAAAACCCUCUCCAAACAUUUGACAUCGCCAAUCCUCCUUGAUAAUCUUCCUCUGGAAGCUCUCUCUCUUCACUUCGUUGCCUGCUGUCGUCGUCUUUGUCUACGAAGAGCUAGGGUUUCCCCCUUUUCUUUUCCUUGAAAGGUAAGAAGUAGAUGAGAAGGAGAGGGCCAUCAAGAGAAUUUUCUGAACUCAGAAGUUGUUCUGGGAAGAAAACUGUAGAAAGUUGCAGGAAUAAAAGGGACGCUGAUAAAUUUGUGUUCAUUGAUCUUGAGUGUGAAGAUGUCAUUGACAUCGAUUAUCUCGAGUCUUUACAGGCGAAGUCACGAGGUUCCAGUACAUUGACAAAAGAUAAAAAAUUUAAGCCUAGUAGUUUCAUAAAUAUAGAUGAUGAUGACGAUGGUGACAAUGAUGAAGAUAAUUAUGCAAGUCCUGUAAUCACCGUUGAGGAUGAUGGGGACCUCGAUAGUGAUGCGACCUCAAGCAAAUGUUCUUUUCCUGCUUCUAGCAAGAAUUCUGUAACCUCAGAUGGAGGUGACUGUCAGGGUGUCCGGGAAAAGGGUUAUACAGUAAAAGGGUCAAAGUGCAAGCAAACCCACUCUGGUGAAGCUCCUAGCAGGAAUUGUUAUGGUUUUGGUUUUGAGUCUGGGAGUUGUUCAUCUGAUAGUGAUUAUUCUGAUUGCGAGCUAAUAGAAGGUUCUUAUGGGAAGCUUCACCAAUAUUGGGAAAAAGUUUCCCAGAAGAGAAAACAUGUUGUUCAUAAUGGCCAGUCUGGUUCGGAAGGUCAAGUAAGUGGUUCUGGAUCUCAUAGUGAUACCCAUGCUAAUGCUGAAGUAGAGAAUAGGACAGCACAUGGAGAUGUCCCUGCUUGUUCAAGUUCUAAAAAUGGAAAUUAUGAGAAGGAAAACCUUCCAGACUUUACAGGUACUUGUGAUGGCCACACUGAGGACACUUCUUUGGAUCCCCAAAUGGAUGGUUCUUUUGUUGAAUCCAAUCAGAACUUCACUACAGAAGAUCCUCUUAUUUAUGAGUGGCAGAGUUUCCAAACUAAUGGCAUGGCUGGUUUAUGGAAUGAAGGAGAACAAAGUCCUGAAGAGCAUCCCCUGUGGUCAGAACUAGGCGGUAGACAUUCUAAACAUCCAGGGACUUGUUUUAUGGAUAAUGGGCAAAAUUUCAGGGAUGAAAGUAACAACGAUCAAAGAAAAGCUACUGUUUCGAAAAAGGAAGAAUAUUUCUGCAAGAACCAACAUUCUGGUGAAAGGCCUAGUAACCAUGAUAGAGUUGAACUAAGGUGUAAGGAUGAUGAGUUUCAUGAUGAUCCAUCUAGUUCUGUGGAAAAAGACAAAGCAGUUUCUGGUCAACCAUUUGAUGAAACACAGAUGGAAAGUGGGUUUGCUCCUCCUGAAGACAAACUUGGAGCUGUUCAUGAAAAAACUUUCUCCCAGGAAAAAGCGAGUGCAACCUUUGAGGAAGUUUCUUUGGCAAACACCUCAUUUCAUGAAACAAGUAGUAAUCAGGGGGGAUUUCAUUCAGCAACAGAGAAAGAAUUAUGUGAUCUGAGAGAUCAGUUACCUGCUGAAGAUGGCUACAUGAGUCCUGUUCGAAGAGAUAUAGCCAUUGGUGAAAGUGAUAUAAUCACUGAUCGAGAAAAGCACAAGGAGACUGCUGAAUACAAGCGAGCAAUAGAAGAAGAAAUGGCAUCCAGGCAGCGAGUCUUACAAAUUCAGGCAGAAGAAGCACAAAGAUUACGCAAGAGGAGAAAGGCGGAAAACAUGCGUUUAUUGGAUAUGCAGAGAAGGCAAAAGCAACGUGUGGAAGAAGUAAGAGAGUCGCAAAAGAAGGAUGAAGAAAAUAUAAAUUUGAAAGACCAACUUCGUGCUGAAGUAAGGAAGGAGCUUAAAAGAUUGGAAUUGACAUGCAUAGAUAUGGCUUCUUUGCUUCGUGGCUUAGGAAUACAAGUGGGCGCUGGUUUCCGUCCUUUGCCCAAUGAGGUGCACGCAGCGUAUAAACGGGCAUUGCUGAAAUUUCACCCAGACCGGGCAUCAAGAAGUGACAUACGCCAGCAAGUUGAAGCCGAGGAAAAGUUUAAGCUUGUAUCUCGCAUGAAGGAAAAACUUCUACCGACUUCAUGUUAUUGAAUACACAGAUAAAAAAUUUCAUCAAAAUUGAUCAAUUUUCCAAUGGCAACAGAUGAAGGUUUUUCUUUUGUUUGUUGAUGCCUCCACAAAGCUUUCGAUUCCUCAUUUUGUAUCCGUCGUCAUUUUUUUCAACUGGAUUUUAGUUGGUAACGAAGUUUUAUGUUGUAAACCAGUUGUUUUUUAGUAGAAGGUGGUCAGAGAAAUUAUUGUUUCGAAUGUGCAAAUGAUAACUUGCUUGUUCUUCUUGCUCUUGUAAUGCCAUUUGGUCCUGAGUUUUUUCCUUGCCA